GGAAGGGGUGUUCACUAAAAGAUGGGGAAAAAAACAUCAGGACUCUAGAUGAGCGUUGAGACAGUUGUGAAACAAGGGAAAGAGGGCUCUCAAAGGCUGGGAGGCAGCCCGCGCUCGAGCGACCCCACCGCUUGGAUCUUGGGUUGCACUGCACUGCACAACGUUCAUGACAAAUUAUUCCAUUCUUUCGCUCGAUCCAUUCCGAGAUUCUGAUUUUGGUUUGGGAUGGCUUUGUUGCUGAUUGCUCUGCUGCUUCGAUGACGCAUGUCUAUUCCCCCUCGAUCGCCUUGUCUGGGAAAUUGGGCAAACUGUGGGUAGGUAUGCAUGGCAUUGUAUGGCGUGGCAUGAGGCCCAUGGGAUUUCGCAUCCGCCAACAACACUGCCGCUGAAGGAGGCACAAGACGCAGCUCGGGGAUUCGUUUCUGUACUAUGUAUUCUCGAGGGCUAGAGGUGAUCCGUGAUAUUUCCUUUUUUUUCUUUCUUUCUCGUUUUUCUUUGUCUCUUGGGGAGUUGGGCUAUAUCGCCCGCUCGGAUGUUCAAAACCUACCUAGUGAAUGGUCCCCGAUGAAACGCGCGGGAGCCUCGACGUUUCAACUACGCACGCACACGCACACACGGCUCCAUCCAUCCAUCCAAUCUUUUUGUCUCUUCUACGAAGUACCUUGCUCCAGAAACUAAAACUCCCGACGCACAGUCUGUUGUCAGUGACUCAGUGUGUGCCUGUUCCUCGUCUUCCCGCCCGCCCCCAGUACAUACAUACCUACCUAGGUAGGUAUAGUAACCAGUAUAACCUUGCCUGAGAGUGGUGGGUGAACGGUCGGCUCCAGCUCCAGAUCCAGAUCCCAGAUCCCGCCAUGGCAGUCAGUCCAGGCAGGGCCCAGCUAGGUAGCCAAGCCAGCCACUUACACCAGCCGCCCCCGCUCCUAUCGGGGUUUCGGGCAUCCUUCAGCCGUGCUUUCAGUUUUUUGCGAGAAUCCCUCCUUCUCACGUGUUUGCAGUAAGCUGAUGCUAGCCAGCCAAUGCCUUUUUUUUUAUACGAGUGGUGAUAGAUAAGCACGUCGUGGCAUGGAAGCACAGCAGCAGAAGGGGUUUUGGUAGGAAGCCAGUGCAAGUGAAAACAUGUCUCUGUUGAGGGGACACGAUAAUGACGGUGGAUACGGAUACAUACAUGUGGUUAAUUUUCUCGGGAAUUCAUUUAGGCUUUUGACAUCCGCACCUUAUCAAUGACAUGGUACGGAAUCGGUAAAACUACCUACUCGUCUCUCGUUUUGUCAUCCGUUCUUUUUUUGCUUUUCUUGCCUGCUUUGGCUUGCUUGCUUGCCCGCCCACCGCCCGCCCGCCCGCCUUCCUCCGAUUCGGGCACCGGAGCUACCAAACUGCUGCGCAUAGCUAGCAACAACCCACGCCCAACUGGUGGGUGGCCUACACCCCCCUUGUCGUAUCUGUGUGUAAGGCUAUCAUGGAUGAGUGAGUGAUUUUGUGUGCUGGGCUGGGACUGGGACGGGAUACGAAAUCGUCCACCAGUCCCAUUUAGGGUUGGAACUUUGCCUCUAUCUAUUUCCUUUCCUGGGGGUGGGGUAUUGUAAACUGUCUGUGUGUGCGUGCGUGCUGCUUCCCGGUCUCCUUCCUCGCCGCAUUGAAGAAGCACCUAGCCAAGAUGCGAGCCCCUUGGGUGAAAUUUGGCGGGCUGGGCGCGGUAUACGGAAGGAACUACACGAAGCUAUCCCGAGCAUGGAAACGAGACGAGCACCCCUUGUGCUGGCCGGCCGGACAGAAGCAGAACACACGAGGGCAGCAAAUAGGCGGGCAUCCCCGGCUGUGCGCCACUUGGUAGAAACAUCUACGUAUGUGUAUCCGUAAACUGGUGCUGGGUCUAGACAGACAGAGAUGCAGACAACAAGAGACACAGACAGGCAAGGUUCUCGG